AUGUCUUACAUCUUGGGAUUGGGGAUGACUUGCAUAUAUAUAGAGUACUCGGCAAAUACAUCCGCGCCAGAACCGUUGACACCGUUUCCCAACGCUACCGCUACCACUACAGGACAAAUAACCGUUGCCGAAGGUGAUGUGGAGGAAAACAAUCAGACAAACCAAUCGUCUCAUGAUGGGCCGUACUCGGUGUCUAACGCUGAGGAUAUGGAUACGCCGUCCUCGACCGGGCACCAUGCUCACAAUCUAGCCGGCACGGCUGCCGGUGUACCUAAUUCCAGCACUAGUACCGCGAGCGGACAUACAAACAUGCAUUUUGACCCCAUUGGCCGUGCGGCGCCUGCCACACCGGCUAAUAUGAGCAGUACCGGGAGCUUGUCACCAGUCUUGACUUCGUCUACAAAUUAUAACCUCCAUAGACGCGAGUAUCGGGGCGGCUCGUCAGAUCGGCAUCAUGCAGGUGUACAGUCAAGCAGCUCCCACGGCCUGCAUAAUUCCGUCAUGCGGACCGUCGUGUCGAGUGGCAAUGAUGCCUUGAAUAUUUUGUUUCAAGCGGCUGCGCAGGAACAGGAUAACGAGAUGGCGGACGUCGAGCAUAAUGAACGCCGACCAUCUAUAUCGAAAGAAUGUGGUCCUGGAGAGGACAAUAACGGAGGUAUUGGUGCGGGUAAUUGCACAGCACAAGAACGUCCUUACUCGCGUCAACAUCAGAAGUCUCAAUCUCACGCGGGGAUGCGCACCUACGACACUCCAACAUCAACCGCUUCGUAUGGGGCGUCCCCUGCAGCCGAUCCCACACAGCUCUCGCACGUUGGGCCGGACGUUUUAGCCGUUUGGGACCAAUGUCGUUUUGUUAAGAUGGGCUGGUUCUCAUCUCGAGAAGCGGUGACAUAUAUCGAUAUAAAUCACUAUUGGCUUAUCACCCAAGAGCCUGUCCUAUGUUGUACUAUUCUUAUGAUUUCGUCACGAUACCAUACGCUACCUGGGGUGGGCGGAGCUUCCCGAGGCUUCUUCAUCCACCAGAGACUCUGGCAGCAUUGCCAACAUUUAAUAAUGCGUGUGAUGCUAGGCCAGGAGAAAGGGUCAAAAGCCAAAACUCGCACUGUUGGGACCAUUGAAGCUCUGCUGUUGAUGUCAGAAUGGCAUCCGCGGUCUCUCCAUUUCCCACCUGAGAGUGAUGGAUGGGACUCAGAUUUAAUGAUGGACAACACUCCUGAACACCAUGACUCCACAAGCCCAGAUUCGUCUGUAUCCGCUUCUAGUAGAUGGCUAGAGGACGUCAUCGAGCCUGCACGCCGUUCAGAUCGAAUGUCGUGGAUGUUACUCGGGUCAGGUCUAACGCUGGCCCACGAACUUGGAAUCUUUGAUACUGAUGAUUCGCGAGCUAAAAGCCUUAUAUCGAGCCCGGAGGUAGAAAACCAGGGAUUCCCCCUCGAUGAAACCAUGAACUUCCCUCGCCAUCGUAUUCGGCAGCUUCUAUAUGUCUUUAUUAACCAGCUGGCCUCCCGGUUAGGCUGCAUGUCAUUAAUGCCUCAGAGCCUGAACCAUUCCAUAGUUGCACCAUCGUCGCAAAAUACCGGUAUUGACGAGUGGCAAUCGUUUAUGAACUCAUGGAUUGAACUGACGAAGCUGGCGAAAUCCGUUACCGACAUGUUCUUCCCAUCUGCAACGUUUACACGCCAACAGUUACACAGUGGUCGAUACAUUGGACUUCUGGAUCAUUUUCGUCCCCUGCUUUCCCAGUGGCGCCAGAAACAUCUUGACACAAAACAUCUGUCACGCCCAUUUGGCGACAUGAUAUUCAUUGAAUACCAAUUCGUCAGAGUUUACACUAAUUCCAUUGGCAUGCAAGCUGUUGUGGAACGUGUCCUUAAUGAGUCUGAUCCUGACAUAGUUAUGGAUGACGUCCGGCAAGCAAAUAUGGACGAAAUUGACUACGAAUUCAUACAAGAAGUCAUUGACGGUUCAUGCAGCCUACUCCAAAAGGUCACUACACUUGCAGAAAACGGUGCUCUUCGGUUUUCCCCCGUCAGAAUAUUUCUACGCAUUACAAGCUCGUCAAUAUUCCUCCUUAAGGCGCUAAGCUUGGGUGUUCGUAAUGCCAAACUCCAAGAGUCUCUGGAUAUUUUGACCAAAAGUAUCCAGGCACUACGAUCUAGUUCACUAGAUGAUAUCCACCUAGCAUCUAGAUAUGCAACGCUGCUAGACUCCUUGCUUUCCCGACUACGACGAAGUUUUGUCCUAUCAAACAAGAACCCAAAAGUUAGCAGAACGACAACCCGUCCAUCCUCAGUUACUCCAUUACCGAAGGCACAGAAUGCUCCUCCUGCAAAUCAUUUACCGCAAGCGUCGCCACAACAGCUUCAGCCUCAGCAGCAGCAGCAGCAGCAGCAACUACCCCACCCUCUACAACAGGCACAAAUGCAAGAAUACUCUCCUGGUGACAUUCCUGGUCCAAUUGCCAUGAAUGCCUCUAUGGAUGUUUCGAAUAACCCAGUUUUUGAGGAUCCAAUUUCUUCAUUGAACGAUAUAAGUGCUGAUGACUGGCUGUCGUUGCCCUUUGACCCGUCAAUGGCACCCUUUGGGGAUGGCGGUAACCAAGCCUGGUCAGGCUUUGAAGGGGCCAAUUUGAACUUCAUCUGGAACUUGCCUUCGUGA